CAGAAAUAGGAAACGCUGUCAUUAAGUUUGUCUCCUUCGGCUUCCCGUAGAUCACCGACAUAUUGUUUGUGAGAAAUAAAUUCUGGAAGACAAGGAAAGUGUUAAGAUUACAACGUUAAUAUAACCAGUAAACAAAGCGUACAUCAGAAACCACGAUGGAGCCUUCAGGAAGUCCUUCAAAGGAUAAUUUCAGGAUGAACCGCUACAAGAACAAAGCACUCAACCUGGAGGAGAUGCGUCGGAGAAGGGAGGAGGAAGGCGUUCAGCUGAGGAAACAGAAACGAGAGCAACAGCUGUUUAAGAGGAGAAAUGUGGAGCUGCUGGGUGAAGAAGGGGGAAUGUUUGACAGUCCACUUACAGAUUCCUCCAUCUCCUCCACCACAGCACCAGAUGGAGUAAUUACAAGAGACAUGGUUGAAAUGCUCUUCUCAGAAGAUCCUGAACUACAACUGGUCAUAACGCAGAGAUUCAGAAAACUGCUUUCCAAAGAACCAAACCCUCCUAUCGACGAGGUGAUAAGCACUCCGGGAGUUGUGAAUAGAUUUGUAGAGUUCCUUCAGAAAAGUACCAAUUGCACGUUACAGUUUGAGGCCGCUUGGGCACUGACCAACAUCGCAUCUGGAACAUCUCAACAGACAAAGUUUGUGAUCGAGGCCGGUGCUGUACCUGUCUUUAUUGAGCUUCUCAACUCCGAGUUUGAAGACGUGCAGGAGCAGGCUGUUUGGGCUUUGGGGAACAUUGCGGGAGACAGUGCUGUGUGCAGAGAUUAUGUGCUAAACUGUAAUAUCCUUUCUCCUCUACUAAUGCUGCUGACCAAAUCAACUCGUCUCACAAUGACCAGGAAUGCUGUGUGGGCCUUGUCCAACCUCUGCCGAGGCAAAAGUCCUCCCCCAGACUUUGAGAAGGUGUCUCCAUGCCUGCCUGUGCUGUCCCGUCUUUUGUUCAGCAGUGAUUCAGACCUGCUGGCUGAUGCAUGUUGGGCUUUGUCCUAUCUCUCUGAUGGGCCCAAUGAGAAGAUCCAAGCAGUUAUUGAUUCAGGGGUCUGCAGGAGACUGGUGGAGCUGCUCAUGCAUACCGAUUACAAGGUGGCCUCUCCUGCUUUGAGGGCUGUUGGAAACAUUGUUACAGGAGAUGACAUUCAGACACAGGUGGUUUUAAAUUGCUCCGCUCUCCCCUGCCUCCUGCACCUGCUCAGUAGUGCCAAGGAAUCCAUCAGGAAGGAGGCCUGCUGGACUAUCUCCAACAUCACAGCGGGAAACAGAGCGCAGAUUCAGGCCGUAAUAGAUGCAAACAUCUUCCCAGUCUUGAUAGAUAUCCUACAGAAAGCAGAAUUCCGCACCAGGAAGGAGGCGGCAUGGGCGAUCACUAAUGCCACUUCAGGUGGCACACCUGAGCAGAUCCGGUAUAUGGUGAAUUUGGGCUGCAUUAAACCUCUUUGUGAUCUUUUGACUGUGAUGGACUCCAAGAUCGUACAGGUGGCUUUGAAUGGUCUGGAGAACAUUCUCAGACUGGGCGAGCAGGAGGCCAAACAGAACGGCAGCGGCCUCAACCCUUACUGCAGUCUUAUUGAGGAAGCCUAUGGUUUGGACAAAAUCGAGUUCCUACAGAGUCAUGAAAAUCAGGAGAUCUACCAGAAAGCCUUUGACCUCAUCGAGCACUACUUUGGUGCUGAGGACGAGGAUGCCAGUCUGGCACCACAGGUGGAUGAGAACCAGCAGCAGUUUCUUUUCCCGCAGCAGGAGGCUCCCAUGGAGGGCUUCCAGCUAUAAACAGCCUUCAGACUCUUCCCGGCCGCCCCUUCCAUUUACACCCAUCCCUGCACCUCAUUCCGGUACUAAAACACAUGUCGGAAUAUAUCUGGGUGAACCAAAUUUCGACCUGUGACACAGACUGAUUUAUUUAUUCACUGAGGUGUGUUUCACACAGGGGAACAUAUCCACUGCCCUAUCACACACGAGAGCAGGAUUUAAGGUUUGGCUAAAUAAUCAUCUCCCUCAGGUACAGAUCGUGGCGCUGUGGCCCCUUUCUCUCUCUCUCUCUCUCUCUCUCUCUCUCUCUUAAAGGGAGGUAUGCCCUUUCACUAAAAGAUGAGAAUUUUCUCAUUUCAAGUCAGAAAAUCUUGAUCUUCAUCCUUAUUCUAUUGAUCCUGGUUUGCUUUUCAUUAUUUUGUGUUUAUAGAAUUCCUUUUUUUUUUUUUUUUUUUUCUUUUUUUUCAUUAUUCAUAUCCUGCUUAUUAAACAAGCCUGGUUGUUUGAUAUGCCCAUUCUUUAUAAACAAAUCUCAUAAUGCGCAUAAUAUCUCCAGAUGCGUUUCAUGAGGAUUUAAGCACUCUUAAGCCGUUCGAUUUCUCUUAGUAUUAGUAUUUAUAUCAGACCAUGCUGGGUGUGGAGUUUAUGUAGUCUAUUUGACGUGGUGGUGGGUGGUGUUGAAAUAAUCCAGGUAUUUUAUUAAGAGUAUACUAACAAAGUCAUUAGUGUUAAGAGACAAUGACUGGAAAAGUGGGGCCCAGAGAGCCCAUUUAGUAAAGAUAAUGCCCAGUUUCCUUUUUCUUUUUCCUAGUCAGAGGUGAAAUAUCUAUUUGUAGGAUGUUCGUGGUGUGCAGUGUUUAACUUUGCUUUAACUUUGAAAUAUGAUAUGGAGGAAGUAGCGCACAUCUGAGGGUCGGAGUAAUGCAUAUGAUGGAGUCUUAAUUCUGCUCUGUUGUUCUCGUCAUUAAUUGGAGCGUUGUAAAUCUGGGUGGUCCACGGUGUUUGUUCGGGGCAGCCCUCAGUAUGUGCAUGUUGGGGUUUUGCAUGGAGUUCUGUUGGUAUCAACAAUCAUUUUGUAUCCCUUGCCAGACCUUCAUUCAAUAAUUAGCUUGCGCUCAUUCGAUGGAGUAGUUCCGGUUUCUUUAGUUUUGCAGGUGCUGUCGGUAUGGCAAGGAAUACUUAUUUAAAUAAUGAAAUAUGUGGGCAAAAAUAUAUAUAUAGAUAUUAUGUUCUAUUUGCACACACCUUGCACACAUGCAUACACUUCAUAAACGUACACAAACAUAUUGGCAUAAAACUGAGGGGAAAUGACUUCCAUAAUCUCCAGAAAUCAUUUAUUUUUUUCCUCACGUAUACAAGUACAUUAAUGUUGAUUUGUUUCACUUUUUGGCACUUUUUGUGUUGAUGCACUAAAAGUUAAACACACCUGGGUUGAUGUUGGACUGCUGUGGUUUUCAGACAGCAGGAAUGAAAAGUUUCAAUAUUAACCUCUCACCCUGUAUAAAAAUUACUGUGGUUUACUUACAACUGUGAGUAAACUUUUCAUGUCAUUAUGGAAGAAUUUUUCCUCUACCUCCAUAAUACACUGACCGAAGGGUGCAUCUCUGGGUGAAUGCUAGGAGUCAUUCGAUUUAUGAUGGGCAUGCAUCUGCGAAAACAAAGUGAGUCGUUGACUUCCGAAUGAUCUGUGAAGUAAAAGCUCAGAUCAGCGUUUGUUCUUAACAGAGCAGCAUCCUGUGUUUGGUUGACUAGUAUCUAGAAGUCUUUUCCUUCUAUAAAUGUCAAGCUGAUGCAAUUCCUGAUCCGAACUGAUAACCAAAAGGAGGUUUCCAUACUAGUUCUUGUUCAAGAAUCUUUUGGAAAUUGAGACUUGAAUUGGACUCUUUGAAAACAACUCUGCACAAUCUGAUGUACUUUAACAACAGAUCAACAGGGUUUUAUUUCAUAUCGCUUCAAAUCCUAGUUCUGCAUGAUAUUAGAGGACAUUUAUAGGAAGUCCAUCUCAGAACAAAGAUUCCGUGGUCAUCCAGAAUUCCAUACACAUCAGAAAAAUAAGAGCAUGGGGGAUGGGUACGCUAUGCUUAUUAAAAUAUAUCUAAUGGUCUACAAGACCACUGAGUGGGUUCAUAUGUUGAUCAAAUAAAAGCAAAGAAAUUAUCUAUUAAUGGAAAUGCACUCCUAUUCACAAAAGUGCCAAUCAGACCAACAAAGACAAGAGGCUGAUGCGUAUCAAUCUGUCUUUGAUUGAUUGAUUUUUUUUUUCUUCUAUUUUAUUUACUUGAAUGUGCACACGUAUUGUGCAAAUAUUGCUGCUCUGUUUUAUUAUCUUACAAAAUGGAGGUUAUAUUGCCUGCCACAGUUUCAUUAGAGAUGUGAUGGUCUGCUAUUUGUACACCAAAUUGGUAAACUCAAAGGUAUAACGAUACAAAUGCAUAAUUUAUUGUGCUGGUUUAACUAAUACUUUAAACCAAGGCCAAUGCAAUGUUAAAAUGUCUCAUUGUGUUCUGUUUGCUUAGCUUGUGUUACUUUUGGAUGUAGUUCUUUUGGCAGAGAGGAAGUGAGAAGGAUACUAACGAUUGGAGAAGAAACUCUGUAUGUUCUUUUCUUUCUUGUUUGUGUCCUGUUCAUAAGCACACUAUGAGCUGAACAUGUAGACCCAACGAUGUUGUUUCAAGUCUGACUUCCCUCUGUAAGUAACCGGAGCACAAUUACAGCAAAUCCAAAUCAGUUCAGGCCUCUUCAACAAAUGUUUUGUUCUCAUUUAAGGACAUUCGCUUUAAGAAGCUAAAAGUUUAAAUAGACACACACACACACACACACACAGAUCUGGUUGUUAUAUGAUCUGUGUCCUACAUUGAAACCAGAAAUGUAACUGUUAUAUCGGCACAGUUUAAAGUUGCAGUCCCUGUACUGCUCUUAACUCUUUAAAAUAACUUCUGAGAAGUGCAGAAAACAAUAAAAUAUUUACAAAAGGCCACAAAUAAAUGAAAUUGGGUCUUCUGUCCUAGAUCUUGUAGAUGUUGACGUUUGAAGACUUUUUGUCUCUUCCAAACCUGGAGCCGAUGCACAUGGCUGUGUCUAGUAAUGCGGACUCACCUGUGUUUACAGUGCUACAUGUUGAAGUACUUUUCAUACACAAUAUUAAGACUUGCCCAGGUGGAUAUUGUAUCCUGGUUUGGUCAUUUAUUUCCUUUUAAAUGUAUUUAUAAUUAAAUCUUUUUUUUCUUUUCCUCCUCUGCCUACAAUUGCCUAUACUGUGACUGACUUGACUUUACCGACGAUAUGAAUGAGUGACCGUCACACAAAAAUAUACAUGAACAAUUCUGAACAAAUGUUUAAGAGGGGUUGUUUUUUCUCAUUUUUUGUCCAGAUACAAAUAAAAUGAUAAAACAC